AUGCAACGACAUAUGUUCGGCCGAGAUUUUGCCAUUAUUUCCUACCUGAAAAUCACUUAUUUGAGAGCCCGUGUGCUAGGGCAUAGUACUCAAACGCAAUCUAAUAGUAUUCGCCCAUGCUUGAAAGUCUUCGAAGAACAGGUAAUCAUCUUUCGAGCAUUUCGCAUUGAAAAUGAUGAUUUUAAUUUUAUUUUAUUCACAGUAUGUCAUAUGAGUACUAUGGCCGACACAAAAAACUACGAUGACAAUUUAUUGGAAACGUUAUUAUCCAACGGUUUCCUUCAAAUAGGAACAGCAAGUUUGCAGACUCUUGAUUUGAAAAUGAAAACAGCUGAUAAUGAUGAAAAACUUCCAUUGAAACAUCCCUACAUCCUACAAAUCACUAACCAAGACUCAUCGUUCAGCAAUCUAAGUGAAUACAAGUUACGCUGUGAAGCGCGUAUAUAA